AAGCCUUGUUGCAAUCGAAAGCUCUCUGAAGCGUUAGUUAUCACGCAACCAAAACGUAUACACACGAAGUGAAAUUCUCUCACACCCAUCAAAGACGUUGGUGAGACAACAUCCACUGUGGUACUCUUUUUUGUUUUUAGUAUUCAUAAAACCAAGCAAAGCCAAUUAUGCACCGUCUUGGAAAAACCAGAAAUGGUACGUUCUUGGGAGAUAUUGAAGAAAGCAUGGCUGCUGUACAAGGGAAACUAUAUCGACUGAAAAACAUGGAGCUGUUUGUAUUGGACAACUCCAUGCGUGAGACGACUGUUGCUUCUCUUAGGGCACACACUAUUGAGAACAAGCGAGCUAUCUACGAGGAGAUCAAGAAGUGUGGGUUCAAGUACUUUGUCGUGGAGUCAUUCAACAACCAAGCCAGGAUUGGCGAUCUGUUCUUGAAGGAGCUGAUUAAAAAAGGUGAAGACCUCUCCAAUGCCUUUGCAUUCUCAGAAAUGUGGGAGACAAUUGUUGACAAAGUUCCUCAACCAGACAUUCCUAUUGGACUUCAAAAGUGUAAAAAGUUUGGUUUAAACAAUGUCAUCCUUGAGUUGGAUUUGGUGUAUUAUAAGAUUGAUUAUGAGAAGAUAAACAUGGAUGAGAUGUGCAAGUAUUUGAAAGAUAAGAUUGACUGGAUCCGUGCGAAUCUCUCAGAGAAUUCCUUGAUCCUGCUAAACUUCAGGGAUUUUUCUGCAACGAUGUUACAACACCCUGAACGUGUCAGACAUAUUGUUAACUACCUCGCUAGUCUACCCAAGAAAGAAAAGAUCCUGGGUGUAAUAUUUGAAGAUCUUGGGGCAGGUAUUCCUGAGCAGCUUGCAGCAUGGACACGUGCGGUCAAGAAUGAGAUGGAGAGAUGUGGAUGGAGUGAAGGACAGUUGUUGUUCCAUCAACAUGAGCAGUGGGGCUUAAUGCAUGCAGCUAAUCUCGAGGUACUUGCAUCAGGUGCUACUGGGAUGUGGGCUGGCUUGUGUAUUGAAGGUGCUUCACUUGGACACGCUGAUACAUGCACUGCGAUAUUAAAUCUCAUUAGACUUGGUAACCAGGCUGUACAGAAACAAUACAACUGCACAUACCUAAGAGAUGCAGCCAUAAAUGUCACCAAAGCGGUCACUGGUGGUGUAAAACCAAAUCCUAAGCAACCAGUCUAUGGUGAUAGAGCAACUGAUAUGGUGUAUGGAAUUUUUUUUUCGGAUCCGACUGCAAAGGGUGGAUUUAACAUGGCAGAGUUUCUGGGUGUUAAGAGUGAAGUUAGGAUUACAAGCAUGGCGAAUGAUGAAAUGAUCCUGUUGAAACUAAAGGAUGUGUUCGGAGAAGACCCACAGUUCACACUGGAUAUUGCUGGAAAAAUGAAGGAACAAAUGCUGAAAAAUGCGACAGACGGCAGAAAGGAAGAAUACAACAGUAGGAUAGGACUAGCCAUGUUGUUCGACCAGGCUGGUGGGAAGAUGACGAAAGAAAUGGCGGAUAUUAUUGCCGAGGCCGAAAAGACAUCGCCAUUCAUCAACAUGCUAAUAGAUGAGAUCAAGUUAGAGUGGGAUGAAUGGGAUGGCAGAGAUGGUGAGAUCGACGACCAGCUCACAUUCGACCACUUCUACACCGGUUUUAUGUCACCUUACUUUGGCUGCUACCGAUGCAAAGACACUCAGCAAGGUUUGAGUGCUUUAGACAUGGAUUCUGAUGGCAUGAUUGACUGGUUCGAGUUUAGACACUUCCUAUUGUGGGCUGGUAGACAGCAUCCCAAUGUUAAAACUGGUCAAGAACUGCUUGACAUUACGUUUAGAGACGGUCUUAUCCCUGCUAUGAAAGACGAAAUGGAUAAAAUUAAACUUUAAACAAAAAAUAACAAAAUUAUUAUUAAUAAAUAAGUUUGAAUUGAUGAGCCUUUAAACACUUACGAUAAACGGGAGAUUUAUAUUUGUGAACAAGUAUGAGGUAGUCUGUAUAUAUAUAUAUAUAUAUAUAUAUAUAUACUGUAUAUAUAUAUUUUACAUAAACCUGUUACAAGGUACCGUAUCUAAAAAUGUCAUUUCAAGGUAUGUAAAACUAAAUUACACUGGAAGUUAAGAUAGAAAUUGUAUUUCUGAAACAUUUUAAAAUUAUUAAAUCAUAUUAUGCUAACUAUAAAUGACUGAAAAUUUCAAUGGGGAGGCAUAUAUUUGAAAUAAAAUAAAAUAAAUCUCAAAAAGAUAUGUCGGUCAGCCUUGGGCAAUAUAUUAUUAGGACUAACGAGAACCGUAUUCCGGUCAGUAUUAUAAACCAAUGGUGUCACCAUCACUUGAAUGAUUCCUAGCCUCCUAACCAUUUUUACUCAAUUACCUUCUAUUGAUUAAAUAUGUGAAGGCUGUAUACGUCGAUUUCGACGAUUUUGUAAGUGACGACAUUUAUUGUCACGUGAAAAAAAAAACUGAAAACGCCAUUCAGUACCUUUUUCUAUUCAAUAAAAUGCAGCAUGUGUAAAAUUAACACGCGUGGGUAUCUGGGGCUUGGACAGGAAAAAGAAAGUAAAAAUUGAAAUUGAUUACUACUACUUGGGAAGUUUAUCUAGUACCAGGAUAUAUGAGCCCGUUCACAUUUUAAGGAACUUAGGGUAUAUUUAGAAAUUUUCACAUGUUUUUAUUUUUUAGUUUUCUUUUUAUUUGUUCAAAACAAUAAAAAUAACCACUAGCGGCUGUAUCAAGAUAAAUGGUAUUUUAAUUUAGAAAACUGAAUAAAUUUUUUUGUUGGUAUUACUGUACUUGACAAUGGAGGUAAUAGUAGUGACUAUCGGUCAAAGUUUAUUAUGAUGAAUUGUCACCUACGAAAAUUCAUAUAUAAUAUGAAUGUCAUAGACGAUCAAUUUGGAUCGAAGGUCUAAUGUCUGUCCAACAAUGUACACAACAAAAAGAAUUACAAACUUUUAAAUUUAACAAAUAAGUAAAUCUUUAUUUCUAAAAUAAUAGGUCUUCUUUUUAAACAAUAAACAACACAAUACAAAU